UCAACGAUAUUAUUUUCGCGUCAGCCCCAGAGACAGUUGUGAUAUAUUCCAUAUCUAAGAAAUUAGGAAAAUAUAAGAGCAAUACUUUAAAAAUAAUUAUACUACAUGUAUCAUCAGAUUUUUCCGUAACAAACCAAAACACGCAUUUGUUUUAGUUUCUAUUCACAAAAUAGUGAUUUGCACGAUUAUAAGCACAGUAUAACAGGAUAUUAUCAAAAAUUCCAAAUGCAUGUGAUGUGUUUGGUCCUAUUGUACUGGACAGAGGCUUCUCUUCAGAACAUAGUGAGCACUGCCCAGGGACAAAUACAGGGAGUGACGCGGGACGGAUACGUGUCGUAUACGGGGAUACCCUACGCCUCCGUCAAGGAAGGGGCUGGUGGCAGAUUCAAGCGCGGGGGCAUAGCGCCCGUGUGGGCGCACGUCCGGCAGCCGCACGAGUGCCAGUGCUCGGCGCGCGCUGCGGCGGAGGAGUGCCUGCAGCUGGACGUGCACGCGCCGCCCGGCGCCGCGCAGCCCGUGCUGGCGUGGCUGGCGGGCGCGGGCCCCUACGACGCGGCCCGCCUGGCCAGGGAGGGGAUCAUCGUGGUUAUAGUCCGCCACAGAUUGGGACCACAAGGUUUCCUAUGCUCCAGCGAAGACCACAUCCCAGGUAACGCUGGAGUCAAAGAUGUGUUGCUAGCAUUGCGGUGGAUCCGGGAUAACAUCGUGGCGUUCAAUGGAAACGCUAACAAUGUGGUGCUAGGCGGGCAGGGCUUCGGCGCGGCCAUAGCAGAAGCCUUGACCUUGACACCAACUGCCCAAGGAUUAUUCCACGGCGUCAUAUUACAGAGCGGAACUGUCCUAGCUCCGUGGGCGUUCAACUUCGACGCAGACGACCGAGCCAAGCUUUUGAGGAUGAAGUUUAAUGGGAGCAAAGAAAUAUUAACACGAGCAACUGCGGAGGACCUUAAUACUAAAGCUGAUCAAUUGGCGCUCCCCUAUCUACCGUUUGGUAUGUGCGUCGAGAAUUCAAUAAAGAAUGAAGAACGAUUGAUCCCCAGAUCACCCUACGAGAUAUUAUCUAAGGGAGUAGAGAUAGCUGUGCCAAUGAUAAUGGGAUUCAACAACAAUGAAGGUUACAUAUUUGUCUCAACGCUCAAAGAAGCAAGGGUUACCAGGAGGAUGACCAAAGAUAUGUCGUUUCUGCUGCCCGUAGAACUGCAGUCAAACAAAAGGAAUGCUCCUAAAAUGAUGAGAGAAGUCGAUGAGAUGUACUUUGCUAAUAAUAAGACGAUGGCCGCUGUGUUGGCGUACCACAGGGAUGCCUAUUUCUUAAGCCACAUCCAUAGGAGUGUAAUGUUCCACGCCUCCGCUCCACCGCCGGUAUAUUACUACCAGUUCUCUCACGCCGGCUCCGGUGGCGUGGAGGAAGAGCCGGGGAUGGCCAAGCGAGGAGCGGCCCACUCCGACGAGCUGGCGUAUCUGUUUCCGUCCAAAGGAAGAGACAUGGAAGGAGACGAUGGCGUCGUUCAGGGACAUAUUGUACGACUUUGGACUAAUUUCAUUAAAAAGUUAAACCCAACACCACCGAACGCUGGGAAUACAUUGUGGAGUCCACUCAACCCUCAUGACCCCAAGGUGCUCGACAUCGGUGUAGAGUUGGCAAUGGUAGACUUCCCAUACAGAAAAGAAGCGCAGAUGUGGGAGGACAUCUACGAGAAAUACUAUUUCGACAGAAGAGAGCGCCGAUAUUGAUCGGUUAUACGUAGGACCACGAGAUAUCAUGUGACGAGAGAGACAUGUUGUCAACCAAUAGCGACGGAUCGAAGAUAUCACUCUGUCUUUCGUCGAAUCGCUACAAGAGAUAUUUCCGAUAGCGUCUGUAGAUUUAGGAUUCGUCUAUGACGAGAGAGACAUUAUUGUCGACAAUAAUAUUUCUCUCGUCAUUGACGAAUCCUGAAUCUACAGAUUUGUUCUGAAUAAUUAUUAUUGUCGUAAUAUAAUUUAUAUUGUAUUUAAAAUGUUUCAAUAAUCUACGAGUAUCUAUUGCAACUAGUAUUAUAAAAGCUAAUUUGAGUUUUAAUGAUUGUUACGCUUUCACGUCUGAGCCGCUAAGCAGAUUUUUAAUUUUUUUUUUCACCUAUGGAAAGUUACGUUAUCAGCGAGUAACCUAGACGUUUUAUACCCUCGGAAACGGAAACUCUAAUAAUGGGUAUUUUAUUUAAUCAUAAAUAUACUCGUACUAAAGGCAAUUGAAGUUUAGAAAGUUGUCCAUUUUUUGUUGGGUAAAACGCACAUCAAACGUUUUACGGUAUGAGGCAUGCAACAAAAUAAUGAGGUAAUAUUUCAAAAUAAAUAGUGAAGGAGCCAUUGACUUAAAUAAUAAUCUAUAAUA